AUGGCGGACCCAACCUCACCCAGUCCCUACUCAGAGAACAAGCGGUUCGAACCCAAGACGAAAGUUGAGCUGCAGGCUCCCAAAGAUGAUCUGAUUUCACUAGAAGAGUUGGCCGCUCAUGAUGGCUCGAAUCCGGACAAACCAGCAUACGUCGCGAUCAAGGGCACCAUUUUCGAUGUUUCGAAGAACUCUGCAUAUGCGCAGGGCGGAUCGUAUCAGGUCUUCGCCGGAAAAGAUCCAUCCCGCGCCCUUGCGACGUCGAGCCUGAAACCCGAAGACUGUGUCCCGGAGUGGGAUGACCUCGACGACAAACAUAAGACUGUGCUGGACGAAUGGUAUACGUUCUUCAGCAAGCGGUAUAACGUUGUGGGCAAGGUCAGUCCUCCUCAAUUGCAGAAGCUGUAA